AUGGAGGAGACAUUUCUCUCCACCUUCACGGAGCAACCCCACUCUCCCUGCACCUUCACUUCCCCACUCUCCUGCACCUUCACUUCCCCUCUUCCCUUUGAGCCUCGCACCCUCUCCACUGCUCAUCUCCAGCUCCCUCACCCCCUUCAUCCCCUAAAAACCCAAUCUCCUUCCUUUCUUCCCAUUUCCAGACCCUCACUUUGUACUUUCCCUCAUCCCUCCAUGAGCCCCCCACUCUCCAGCCCUCACUCCCCCAGCAACCUCCAUUUCCAUGCCCUAAACCACCGCCACCGCCACUUCACCCCCCCCCCGCGCUUCUACCUCCUCAUAUCACCAAUUCCAUCUUCUUCAAUUUACCCGCGGCACCCAAAUCGCCAAGCCACCACCACGGCCAUCCUCCAUCCAGCCGUAGCCACCAUUCGUGCCCAAUCUUCACCGUCCAAUCACCCAGCCACCACGGGAUUUGGCCGUGCUGCCAACCCUUCACCGCAGCCUAGUGUCCAUGAGUCAUCUCUCCCCUACAUCCGCGAACUACUGCCUUCACCAUAG